CAUCAAACACCAAGUAACUUCAAUACUUCAUUUCCCUCAUACAUCCAUCAAAACCCUUUUGAGCCCUCAAUCUUUCCCACGAACCCAGAUUGCCUCUUCCACAAACAUGGGUUGUUCCGAGGACUAUAACCCGGGUUCUAGGGGCAAGCAUUUUGUCAAACACUUGACCUGCAGGAAGCAAUUCCCACUAGCCAAUGAGGGCAGACGCCCUCCAACACUGCUCAAAGAUUUCCUACUCGAGGAUUCCAUCACCUGCUCCUCCUCUUCGGGGUUCAAAUCUUUCCCCAGGAAACAGCCUAACGCACCUAAAAAGAUACUCACACCUCAAACAUCCAAAUCGACCGUCUCGGCGCUUCGCGCCAUGAUCAAUGCCGUGAAGAGCAUCCAAUUCGUGAAAAAUCCUCCCUCAAUUCUGCCCCGAAGCCUCUCCCGCAGGCUGCUGUCCAGGAAAACCAGCAGCAAGAUCAGCACGAAACAGGACAGUUUCCACAUCGCGUCGGUGAGAAUUGCCGUCACGGUCAAAGACAUCAUACGGUGGAAAUCUUUCCGCGACCUGCAGCAGGAGGAAGAGGAAGCGCGCGAAUUAAGUACUCCUCACUGCUCCAUCGACGACACUACGGAGACGGCGUCGAGCAGCGGCAGCAAGGGAUCGAGCUGGUGCGACAGCGAUUUCAGCUCCGAGUGGUGGUGGCAGGGUGAAUCGGGGGAUUUCAGUGGUAAGAAGUUGGGCAACUUCUUACCGGGUGUCGGCGGCGGGAAUUUUGCGGAAGAGACAGCAGGGGAAAACGCCAAAUGGGCCGAAGGAGUGGGCCAGCCUGCGGAACCAGCAAGUGACGAUGACGUCACCUGGAUUGCAUCCGCCGACGAUCGAAGUGAAACCACCAGCAGCAGCAGCCCAGAAGAAGAUCACAAGACCGAGGACGCCACAUCUGCUGCAAGUUAUGAAGAAGAAGAGGGAAUUUUCCACAAGGCGUGGCAAUUGCUGGAUCGCGUCCGCGCUAGCAGUGGGAAGCACUGGCGGUCUCAUGAAGAGCAACUGCUGUUGGAUUUCUUCAUGGACGAAUUAAUGGCGAUGAGCAGCAGAGAGAACAAGGCGUGGAAGCAAGAUGGCGGGAAAAUUGCGAUUUUUAACGGUGGUGCAGAAAAAGAAGAGGAGGAGGAGGAGGAGGAGAUGGUGAUCGCCAAAGCGAGGGCUUGGAUUGAUGAGGAUAGAGGAGAGGUGAUUAAUUGGAUGAAUGAAUCAGUUGGUGGAAGCAAGAAGAGGGAUGCUUGCAUUCAGGCCAUGGACAAGGAAGGAAAUUGGAGCAAAUUGGGAAGAGGAGGAGAAGGAAAGGAAGUGGGCUUGGGGAUUGAGGAUGGGCUUUUUGAUGAUUUGAUUAAUGGGCUGGUGGCCGAUAUCUUAAUAAUGCUAUAG